AUGACACUUCCUCAAGGUUAUGGAAGUGAGGGGGAGACACGAUGUGACUACUCUCUGUUUACUAAAGUCACUACAAGUUCAUUCCUUGCUUUGCUUGUCUAUGUGGAUGAUGUGAUAGUAGCAAGCAAUGAUAUUCAAGCUGUGCAAGACAUCAAAAAUGUUCUUCAUGCUGAGUUCAAGAUUAAAGAUCUUGGAGAAUUAAAAUACUUCCUAGGAUUGGAAGUGGCUCGAACAUCUAAAGGCAUUUCUGUUUGCCAAAGACAUUAUGCUCUUGAAGUGUUAACAGAUUCAGGUUUUAUUGGCUGUAAACCAGCCAAAAUACUUAUGGAUCCUAACUUGCGCUUCAUCAACACAGAUAGUGGUUUAUUAGAAGACCCCACUGUCUAUUGA